GGCAGCGGCAGCGGCGGCGCGGAGAGCUCGGACUGGGAGCCCACAGCUCGGCUGGACCCGAGAGAGGAGAAGCCGCAGAACUGCAGCUCUGUCAGCUUGGGCCGCGUCCAGAGACACCAGCCUGGCUGGUCCACGCCAGCCGCAGACCGAGGCUGAGCAUGGAGCUGUCCCCGCGCAGCCCUCCCGAGAUGCUGGAAUCGGAUUGCCCGUCACCCCUGGAGCUGAAGUCAGCCCCCAGCAAGAAGAUGUGGAUUAAGCUUCGGUCUCUGCUGCGCUACAUGGUGAAGCAGUUGGAGAAUGGGGAGGUAAACAUCGAGGAGUUGAAGAAAAACCUGGAGUACACAGCUUCUCUGCUGGAGGCUGUCUACAUCAAUGAAACUCGGCAAAUCUUGGAUACCGAGGAUGAGCUGCAGGAGUUACGGUCAGAUGCUGUGCCUUCAGAGGUGCGGGACUGGCUGGCCUCCACCUUCACCCAACAAGCCCGAGCUAAAGGCCGGAGAGCAGAGGAGAAGCCUAAGUUCCGAAGCAUCGUGCACGCCGUGCAAGCUGGGAUCUUCGUGGAGCGGAUGUUCCGGAGAACUUACACGUCUGUGGGUCCCACCCAUUCCACUGCAGUUCUCCACUGUCUCAAGAACCUGGAUGUCUGGUGCUUUGACGUCUUUUCCUUGAACCGGGCAGCAGAUGACCACGCUCUGAGGACCAUUGUUUUUGAGCUGCUGACUCGGCAUAGCCUCAUCAGCCGCUUCAAGAUUCCCACUGUGUUUCUGAUGACUUUCUUGGAUGCCUUGGAGACAGGCUAUGGAAAGUACAAGAAUCCUUAUCACAACCAGAUCCAUGCAGCUGAUGUUACCCAGACAGUCCAUUGCUUCUUGCUUCGCACAGGGAUGGUGCACUGCCUGUCCGAGAUUGAGGUUUUGGCCAUCAUCUUUGCUGCAGCAAUCCAUGACUAUGAACACACAGGCACUACCAACAGCUUCCACAUCCAGACCAAGUCAGAAUGCGCCAUCCUCUACAAUGAUCGCUCAGUGCUGGAGAAUCAUCACAUCAGCUCUGUUUUCCGAAUGAUGCAGGAUGAUGAGAUGAACAUUUUCAUCAACCUCACCAGAGAUGAGUUUGUAGAGCUACGUGCCCUGGUCAUCGAGAUGGUGUUGGCCACAGAUAUGUCCUGCCAUUUCCAGCAAGUGAAAUCCAUGAAGACAGCCUUGCAGCAACUGGAGAGGAUUGACAAGCCUAAGGCCCUGUCUCUACUGCUCCAUGCUGCUGACAUCAGCCACCCAACCAAGCAGUGGUCGGUCCACAGCCGCUGGACCAAAGCCCUCAUGGAGGAAUUCUUCCGUCAGGGUGACAAGGAGGCAGAGCUGGGCCUGCCCUUUUCUCCACUCUGCGAUCGCACUUCCACUCUGGUGGCGCAAUCCCAGAUUGGUUUCAUUGACUUCAUCGUGGAACCCACGUUCUCUGUGCUCACUGAUGUGGCAGAGAAGAGUGUGCAGCCCCUGGCGGAUGAUGACUCCAAGUCUAAAAGUCAGUCCAGCUUCCAGUGGCGCCAGCCUUCUCUGGAUGUGGAAGUGGCAGAGCCCAACCCUGACGUGAUCAGCUUUCGCUCUACUUGGACCAAGUACAUUCAGGAGAACAAACAGAAAUGGAAGGAACGGGCAGCAAGUGGCAUCACCAACCAGAUGUCCAUUGAUGGGCUGUCCCCAUGUGAGGAGGAGGAGGCCCCAUCCUCCCCUACUGAAGAUGAACACAACCAAAAUGGGAAUCUGGACUAGCCCUGAGGGUAACCCAGGUCCUCAUUGAGUCUAAAGUCUUCGAUGUCAUCAGCACCAUCCAUCGGGACUGGCUCCCCCAUCUGCUCCAAGGGAGCCCAGAGGUCGUGGAACAGAUAACCCACCUGAAGGCCAAAUGCCAGAGAUUGUGGGGUUGGGGGAAGGGCCCCUCCCCACCUGAAACCCAUUGGGACACACUUUAAUCUCCCAGCAAUAAGACUGGGAAACUUCAGGCUCCCAGUGGUCACUGUGUCCAUCUCCCUGCCUCUGGACUCCCCCCAUGGACAAUUGUCUGGCUAGGAGGUGGGGGUAGCUUCCUGGAGGUUUCCCAGGGCUUGGAGGGAGGGUCAGAGAUGCCAGCCCCCCUGGCCCUCCCCCAUCCUUUUUGCCUCCGUUUCUAAGCAAUACAUUUUGGGGGUUCCCUCAGCCCCCCACCCCAGAUCUUAGCUGGCAGGUCUGGGUCCCCCUUCUUCUCCCCUGGGAGAGGCUGGAGUAGGAUAAAGCUGGGGGUUUUUAGAGCCCUUACACGUGGGGAGGGGAGUGGGCUCCUUCAGGACAUAGUAACUUUCUAUGGGGGGGUAUCUUCUUUACCCCAGACCUGUACUGCUUUAGCCCCAUCCCUACCUUGCCCAACUCUUGGAAAUCUUCCCUCUCCCUGAUUCUGAAAUGGAUACUGGGAAAGAGAGGAGGCAUUGGGACCAAGGACUGAGGACAGUCCUUUUCUGGGGUUCUUAAGAGUUUGGGAAUGGUCUGGGUCCCUGGGACUUGUUACCUGACCUGGCUGAGUCCUGAGUCCCAAGUCCUUAGCCUCCUUCCUCUCCACUUGGACUGGGAGGCUCCCAUCCGACCAAUGUCUGUAAAGUGCUUUGAAGUCUCCCUAGCAAAGCACCUUCAGGAUGUUAUUUUUUUGAGCACAGGCUGGAGACCAGCUGGGUGGGAGUCAAGGGUGCAAUGGGGAGGGUGAGGCAUAAUCUAGUAACCUUGUGUUGCUGACAGAGAGGGUCCCUCAUCUCCCUUAGUCCCCUGUGCUGGCCCAGCCACAGGCACCAAGAGGCCCCUUCCCUGAGACUAUAAAUAGAGGGUGGCUGGUGGAAGGCCAGUGGGGAAGGGUGUUGGGCUGCUAUUGUCAUGCCCUCUGAAUGGAGCCCAGCCUGGCCUAAUGCCCCUUCCUUACCUCAGGCUCCUCCUCACCUCCACCUUAUCCCAGGAAAGGCCAAAGUCCGGGUGACUGCCCUCCUCCUUUGUAAAUACCAACCAUCCAUUUGUACAGUGGACCCCAUUCGUGUGAAGUCCAUAUCCACGGUCCCUGACACUUGUUCCUUCCACCCCACACCCCAGGUGGGGCAGAGACGCAUGUAACUCACCCUGCCCUUGGUCUCCCAGGCCCCUGCUAUAGCCAGAGAUCAAUAAAAAAGGGAGACCAGG